UCUCAAAAAGCCCCCACUUCCUCUCGUCCGUCUAGUCCGUCGUGAUUCGGACACUCGUUCAGUCCAACUUUUGAACAACGGCGACGAUAACGACAACAACAACAACAACAACAACAACAACAACAACCAAGACAAAAAAGACAAGCACGAUUGAAGGCAACAAGAUAUCUUGGGCUCGCCCUCGCCCUUGAAGCCGUGCCCUAAUCCUCGUGAGCCGAAGCAGCUUCCGCCGAAUCCCUGAACCAUAAGCAACCCGGACUACGACCAAAAGACCGAGCUCCGGAUCGGACCUCAAUCACCUGCCUACCUACAGGAACGAGCGAAAGCAAGCGAUUGGACACAAUGGAAUACCAUCACACGCACCCAGGCGCCGCCGCCUACUUCCCUGGCGCGCAGCCCUAUCAGUUCAUAGGCAUGCCGCCGUUGACGCCAUCGCAUUCCAACUCGGGGCCCUCCGAAGAGUUCAACUCCACACCUCCGAUACCCACUCAGGAGCUUUAUACCGAUUACAACCCCCACGAACAACAGUUCCAGACAUUUGAGAGCUACACGCCGGCUCCCUUCCCUCAAGUGCCGAACCCUGAUCCGCAACAGCAACCGCCGCAGCGUCACCCACAACAGACCUUUCCUGCGCCACUCACGCCGCCUAAUGCUGCCGCCAUCCACGGCCAUGCACAUGCAGCCCAGAUUCUCAACGGCAGCCCCGGUGGUCUGGUCGUUUCCCCGCCGCUUCAGGGACCCAAAGAGGAGUUAACAGAGCAACAACGAGCUCCUCAACUGGCUCCGAAGACAUCGAGUAACACCGCCGGUGCCGGUUCCAAUAGUGCCGAAGAAGAGGAAUCCGGGCUUGGCACAAAUAAGAGGAAGGCACAAAAUAGAGCUGCCCAACGAGCGUUUAGGGAACGCAAAGAACGUCAUGUCAAGGAUCUUGAGGCCAAGCUGGCCGACCUAGAGGCGGCGCAGCAGCAAGCCGCCACGGAAAACGAGAAGCUCAAGCGGGACCUGCAGAAGAUCAGUACAGAGAACGAGAUACUGCGAGCGACAUCGCACUCCGGAGGCGCAGGUGGCUCCCCAUCGCACAGCCAUGGGUCGCCGCCCUUGGAGACGGGUCCCAUGAGGUACAACCCAACUGACUUUUACAGCGACGUACUCGACGGGCACGACAACAAGACGUUUUCGCACCGCAUCUCGCUCAGCAGCGACGGCGAGAGGCUGUACGAUGCGGGAGCCACGUGGGAUUUGAUUGUCAACCACGACCUGUACAAGCAGGGCCUCGUCGACGUUGCCGAAAUCAGCAACAGUCUCAAGGGACUGGCCAAGUGCGACGGACAGGGGCCUGUGUUCAAGGAGAGCGACAUUGUCACCGCCAUCGAGCGGAGCGUUGCGAACGGAAGCGACACGCUGAUAUAAUUGCGACGCCCCACGCCCCACGGCAAGAAUCCAAGGCUGGAUUAAGGCAUUGCUGGACAGCAACGUGAUCUCUAGCUUCUAUUUGUCUUCGAUUGAAAAUUUCCGAGUUAGGGGCUAUGCCUCUACUCCCCUUUUUUCUUCGAGUUGUCACAAAUUGAAAACAAAAUUUUGACUUCUAAAAGUGGUAUAUUUUGGUCGUCCCCAACAACGGGAUUUUUAUUAUUUAUAUCUUAUUUCGGGCUCAAAACAGGUGGAAUCUCGCUAUUUACAGCAGAGCAGGGUAAGCGAUCGGCGUCCUUUUGUUUCUUUGUCUCUGUUUUCUUUUUUUCUUCUCUUUCUCUAUCUUCUUUUUUUCCGGAUACCUUGUUCAUUCUUCCGAAGGUUUCAUCUCUUCACCUUCUUGGUGCACAUUCAUUUUGUCAGGUAGACAUGAAGUUAUGUGGUUACGCCUCGAGCACUCUGGAGUUUCUCUGGUUUGCCUUUCGGAUUAAGUACUGUUGUAAAACACAAGAAGAAAAAAAGGGCGGUCCAGACUUCAUGGCACCAACGAUUCGACACUAGUCAGCUACCAUUUGGGUAGUCUGAUCAAACCCUCGUGGUACUUACCGUCGUCAUCCUACGUUGUACUUAAUCCAGACCAGUUCUAGUGGAUUUCAAAGUUUAGACAUAAGAAUGCUUCCUUGCCAAAAACGUCCCUUCCCCG